AUGCCCCCAUCAACAUUUGAUCUGUAUCCAUACAAAGAUCGAAUAGCCUCUCUUCUACUCCUUGGCAGUAGCGUCGCGUUUAUCUCCCGAUUUAUGAAAUUCGAGUACGGAAUCAGCGUCUCCGCACGAGUUCUAGGAGCUCGCCUUGAAGACUGGGGACUGCAGACUCAACCACCGGCAUUACAGAACGAAGAUCUCCAUAUCCAGGAGCUCAUUUUUGACUACGGUCUCAAAGAUUGGGAGGUCAUUGAGGUUCUCUGGGAAGAUGGCUUCACCAUCUCAGAGCAUACACUCCAAAGAGUCCGUGCCCACCUUGGUAUCCGUCAACGAAUCAAUGAUCCAUGGCAGCGGGAACAACAGAGACAGGAGGUUGAAGCUCUCAUCAGCAAGGAGAUAAGAGCUGGAAAUCUAGAUCUCAGGAAAGAUGAUGUCUCUCCUGUUCAUGAAUACCUUCGACAACGAGGAUACCUGUUUCCUCAGCAGCGAGUCGCGGAUGUGUUGAGGUAUUACUGGAAAGGAAUCGAUAUCUGCCCUCCACCUGAGAUUAGCAACCUGGUCUCAGGAGUUACGCCAAACGCGAGGGUUGUUUCAAUCAAGGAAGAGCCUAGUUUGGUGACGAAAACCACAACAGUUCCAACAGUGUCUUCAGUUCGAAUUAAAGACGAGCCGGGUGUGGAAGUGGGCACGGGCAUGAAAAGAAAGCGAUCCACUUGCGUUGAUAGUCAAGGGUCUCAUAUGACAUCUCGGACGACAAGCAUUUCCCUGAGAUCCAAGGUUUAA